GAAGAUAACAAGAUGGUUGUAAAGAGGAAAACAGAAUUGGGAGGGGCGUUUUCUGUAGCAAGCUGGAUACUAUUUGUUGGCUUGUUCUCUGCGUUGCUGUAUGAGAUUAUUGCAAAGCGCACAUUUGAGGUACACAAAGUCAAACCAACCAAUGCUCCAGACUUGCAGCAGUUUGACAAUGAUAUGGAAUUCAAUAUAACCACAGUCUCUAGCAUGACCUGUUCUCAUUUACGAGGUCCCACUGUUUCAAUUAAAUGCAACCACUGUCGGAUUCCAAGAGAUGACUUCUAUAUUUCCUGGCAUUUUGUGGAUCUCCCAAAGAGUCCUGCCAGUGCAGUGGGUUUUCAAUUCAAUCUGACGGCAAGGGAUCAUAUUGAUGAUGCACACGUCAGCUAUGUCAGUGGUACCUUAGCACCAGGAAGCUAUAGAGAUGGUGGACUAGAAACAUUAAGGGGUCCAGAUAUGAAUUUAUUGAAGAUUAAUUUAUUCCCUACAAAGUUCAAUUAUAAACAUCAAUUAAAGAUUAUUCAACCUUUGCUGCACGACUACAUACCAGGCUCAUCAUUUUCUGAUAUUGGGACUCUGCAAACAUCUUUUCAGAACUCCAGGGAUGGACUAUUGAAUAUUACUCUGAUUGUUAGAUAUCUUUCUGAUUACAUUGUGGAGGUUGACAAACAACUUGUGUUUGGAAUUGUGACUUUCCUGGCAGAGAUUGGUGGACUUUCUGUAACAAGCCUUGCAGUUUUUCUUUGCUUGCUAUCACAAUGUGAGGCCAGAUUUAAGAGUCUGCGUUUUGAAGAUACGGUAAUGAGGAACAUCAGAAGACACAAACGUGCUCAACGCCAUUGGGAUAAGGUGAGGAAAUAUGUCAGUUACACUUGGGGGCAGAGUACUGUCAAUUUAACAAAUGCAAGCAACUGACAUGUAGAAUGAAGGUGAAAGAGAAGUCUGAAGGUUUUCCAUAAAGAAAUCUGGAAUGGUUAUCUUGUUCGGAGGAUUAGAGGAAUUUGGUUUUACAAUAUCCUGAGGGCGGCAGCUGAACAGCAUAGGGUGAAAGUAUCAGGCAGCACCUACCAAUGAAUUAGGGGUAGCAAUCGCCAGGCACCAACUGCUCCCAAGUCUCAUGAGCCUUAAUAUUAAACUUUAGGUGUUAGAUAUGUAAAUACCUUAAAAUUGUCUGGUAUGUAUGUAAAUUUUCCAUUUAUUUAGCAGUUAUAAUAGCCCAUUGAUUUUUUUUUGUUAAGAUAAACACUAAUCUAGAUGCAUUAGACUUGAUGAGCUUUCGGUUGGAGGUGAGUCAUAAAUAUUUUUUUUUUAUGUUGCAAUAUGGAGUAGUUGGUUCCUGAAAAUCUAUAAGAUUCUGAUGAGCAAACUGAA